GUCGUGUAUAAAAAUACUGCCAAGAAACUUUUAUCCUGUUUAAAAGCAAUAUCUUAUUCAAAGAAUGGGAUGUGCAGUAUCCUGGUCCAAAAUUAAUGUGGAAGUAUGAUGGUUGAUUUUCUGGCAGGAUUAGUUGGAGGAUGUUGCGGAAUUAUAGUAACUCAUCCCCUAGAUACAAUCAAAGUAAUUGAACAAAAUUAUGGACAAACUAAACGUUCCGCUGUGAUAAACAUCUAUCAAUCUGAGGGAUUAAAGGGGUUUUAUAAAGGUUUUACAAGUCCUUUAUUAAUUAUCGGCCCCUCAAAUGCGGUCUUCUUUGGUGUGUAUGGAACUAUAGUAAAAUUAUUGGGGAAUGAAUACCACUACAGGUCGGAAGACAUGAGAGAAAUACAACAUGUUUUUUUUGCAGGUUGCAUAGCAGGUUUCGCACAGGUUUUAAUAACAACGCCUGUUGAACUAUUAAAAAUACUCCAACAAACGCAACAGAAAUAUAUUGGAUCAAAAUCCAAUGAAAAACAUAAUGGGACAUAUCAAACAUUCAAAAAUGUGAUGAAAAGAAGUGGAGUGAAGGGCCUCUAUAAGGGAUUCAUUCCGACUUUUAUCAGAGAUUGUCCCACCAGCGGUAUUUAUACGUUGACCUACGAAGGGCUGCGAUUUAGCAUAUUUAAGGAUUGGAAUGCGCCAAACAUUACCAAAGAAUUGAUUGCGGGUGGAUUUGCAGGCAUAUUUUCCACAAAUAUCGUAAUGCCGGUGGAUGUGAUCAAGUCUAGACUUCAAGCAGAUGAUCCACAGUCGCCCAAAUACAAGGGCAUAAUUGAUUGUAUUCAGAAAAUGUACGCGGAGGAAGGUUAUCCGGCAUUUUUGAGAGGAUUUACUAUGACAGCAUUGAGGGUAUUCAUAAUGCACGGCAUCGUUUUCACAUUUUACGAAACCAUAACAGAACAUGCUCAGUGACGUUUUUAUGCGGUUUUAAUUUAAAAUUUUACUGUACUGUAUUAUACUUACCUUUGAUAUUCUUUACACUUUGAUAUAGAGGUAUCAAUGUGUUAAAGUAAAGAUAUGAUCAAAAUGAAAA